GGCAGUAGCCAUACUAGCUAGCCAGAUGUUCAGAAAGCUUUCUGUCGAUACUUUAACGCUCCUACAAUAAUUCAAGUAAAAUGUGCAUUUGGACUAAUUUCACGUAUUUAUUUCUAAGUAAAAGGUCAAAAGAGUAGUUAAAUAAUGUGUAAUUUGUGAACUGUGCGUCUUUCUGAAAAUUAUCUGGCGUUUUAAUGUCCACGAGUUCGUUCGAGACUAACAAAGCGGCGGACAUUUUAUUUUGAGUAUUCGAUAAUGUAGCGGUGCGUUGAAAACAUUCAUGUCGUUUUAUGGUUAUAACUUAAAACAUCGUUCGCUUACACCUUUCCGAUGCCGAGGGGGGUGAAGCGAGGGUCGGCGGAGGGUGAGGGCGAGGUGGUGGUACGCGUUGGGGCGUCUCCGUCGCAAACUACACUUUUGGAUGACAGCCCAGGCCAACCCAUUAGUUACCACCUGCUUGAUCACGGCUAUGGUGCCACGCCACAACAUCAGAUCAGAAGGGAGGCACCUUCUGCACCACCAAAGACAUCUGAAACGGUGAAAAGAAGACUGAAUUUAAGUGAGAGUAGUUCCGGUAGCCAAGGCCAUGUAGUACCUAUGAAGGCAGAUUUCAAAACGCCGAAGCAAAAGAGAGUGAAAGUUCUGACACCGUACAGCCGACCGUCCAGUUCUAUGAAAAAAUACAGUGAAAGAUCAAGGUUCGACACAUCAUUAGGAUUACUUACAAAAAAAUUUGUUGCUUUGCUGAAGUCUUCCCCAAACGGCGUCCUCGACUUGAAUAUAGCCGCGGAGCACCUCUCUGUUCAAAAACGUCGAAUAUACGACAUCACUAAUGUUUUAGAGGGUAUAGGAAUUUUAGAGAAGCGAUCAAAAAAUAAUAUACAAUGGAAAUGCGGGUCGGCGGCGUGCGGCGGCGAGCAGGCGCGCGCGCGGCGGCUGCGGCGCGAGGUGCGCGCACUGGCCACGCACGAGGCGCGGGUGUCGCGCGCCGUCGCCAGCGCCGAGCUCGCUCUCGGCCGGCUCUCCGCGGACCACGGCGCCCUCGCCUACAUCACCUAUGCCGACUUACGCUCUAUUAAGGAUUUCCGCAACCAAACGGUCAUUCCUAUUAAGGCGCCGCCAGACACGAGAUUAAGCGUUCCACAUCCUGAUGAAAAGGGAUAUAUGAUACAUUUGAAGUCUUUAUCGGGUGAAAUCGAAGUGUACCUAUGUCCAAAGGAACGUCCUUUGUCUCCACCUCCACCGCUGGGGCUGCUGCCGGCGGACCCGCUGCUGGAGGACAACAAGGCGCUGCUGGCGCCCCUCGUGGCGCAGAUGCAGCCCGUGCCGCCCGCCUCCUUCGCCGCCAAUUUCACGACGCCUAUUAAGCGGGAGCCGGGCGUGGAGAGCGCAGGCGGGUCGCGCAGCCUGGUGGUGUGCUCGCCGUGCGUGACGGACCCCACGCUGCCACUGGCUGCCGCCGGCCGCGCGCGCGCGCCGCAAGCCGCCACGCCCGACGCUCCGCACACCCCUCACACCCCUCAAACCACGCCUGACAAUGGCACAGCACGGGGUCGGCUACGAAAUGCGUUAAUUGCCGACAGCGAUGACUUCGCGCCGAUAAUGGGCGGUGGCCGUUUUCAAAUGCAAACGGAAGAUCAGGACACGGAGUCAGAGCCGCUGGAGCUGGAGCCGUUCCUGGCGCUGGAGCCGCCCAUGUCGGCCACCGACUACGGCUUCUGCCUCGACCACGAUGAGGGGCUGGCCGAGCUCUUCGACUUCGAUCUCAAGCUGCCCGAGUGACCGACUCUUGUAUCGCGCCUGAACAUUCUUACCGCCACGUGCCACCGGCCCCGACCACGGACCGCCACACCUACACCUCACUCCGGCUGGUUUGGUUGCUAUCACUUUUCUUUUGAUCAAGUCUACAUGGAAAUCGACAAAUGCGGCUUUGUUUAAUGGUCGCGCUUGUUUUAUACUGAGCACUUCCAAUGGAGCGUUACUUACAUAGUACUACAGAGCGUAGUUCACAAUUGAACAUAAAUGAUUUUACAUAAAGUAAGUUUACAUAAGUAAGUUUACAUAAAAAUUAUUAAAUGAAUUGUAAUUAUUUUCGUUAAAAAUGAUUAUUAGGCACUAGUAAUUUGUGUUUUUGUUUGUUGUUACUCGUACAGAUAUGUCGAGCUAUUAUGCAACUUGUUCCUGGAGGUGGAUGUGCCGUUAACUCUAUUCGAUUGCACUUUUUGUAAGACGUUUAUAUAAUUAUGUUUCAUAGAUUUGUUAAGUCUCCCCUGUUCACUGAAAUAUAACUACAACUCAGUAAACUCAGUAAACAAGCCUAAGUGAGUAGUACAGUACGUGGAAAAUUAGCAAGUAUUCCUCAGUAUAGAGUUGAUUUUGUUUUAUUCAGUUAGGUACUUCGUUAUCAGAUGUGGUAACGCGAAUCGUUCUGAUCAUGUAAAUAUUCUUUUAGUUAAAAGUUAACAGCAAAAUUCUGUUUUCCUAUAGUUAUAGGAGAAGAAAGAUAAGUAUAGUUAUAUCUACUUAUGUUAAUUUUAAUCUUUAAUGUAAAUUUUAUUUUUUACUUCACAUUUUGAAUCUUAUAAUCUAUGUCGAUCGCCUUUUAAUUCAUUGGACACAAUGUUAUUUUGAUUUUGACAAUUACAUGAUAUAUAACGUUUAAUACGGCACCAGCGGGCGUAGCACAGUAGUUGAAUAAAUGAGGAGUGUCUUUUCAAAAGGACUUAUUUUUAUAAGUCAACAAGGUUUGUUUCUCUAGGAAGACAUAGAUAAUAAAAAUAACCUCUGUUGACUUAUAGAAAUAAGUCCUUUUGAAGAGACACUCGUCAAAUUUUAUAGAAUCGGUGCGUCCUUAUCGCACUUACAAAUAAUGCGAAAUGCCUGACGUGGUUUAUCACGCGACCGUAAUUGCUUGCCUGGUAAUUAUACGAAUAGUUGAAUCCAAUAAAGUACAUCAUAAUGUAAUUGAUAAAUUUUGGGCGAAAUAUUAAAAUUAAAUCUGGUGCCCGUUAUUUAAAGGUAGCAUUCUUGACUAAUUAAUUUAUUUAGAUUUUAUUUAGAAUGUAUUAGGUACAUACACGGUGUAAUAUGAAGAAACCGAAUAAUUUUAACAGCGUAUCUAUACAAUCAUCAUAUUAGAAGAGUAAAAUGUCAUAUAAACUUUUCUAGAUUUCGCCUUCUUUCAGAGUUAUAAACAUUAAAAAAAAAUAUAUAUUAUUUCUCAGAACCAGGAACAAAACGCUGAUUUGAUGGCGAUUUGGCGAUGAUGCCUUUAUCGGACAUAUUCUAAGUGUCCUCGUUGAUAGAUAUCAAAAAAUAAGUACUACUUACUAAGUAGUGACUCAUUGCAACAAAGUAUUGUUUUUGGAAAAAAAAAAAAUAUUGUAAGUGCCAGUUUUACGAGUAACAUUUACUUUUUAUGUGAAAAUGCAUAAAAAAAUUUUUUUUUGCGAAAUUUGCUUGACCUCAUAAAACAUUUUAUCUUUAUUUCGCUCUCAGAAGUGCGUAGUUAAAAUCUAUCGGUUUGCUAAUGUUACACCGUGUAUAUAUUAGCUAAAUACGGUCAAUUCGUAACUGUUUUAAAGAAAUCGUUCCAAGUCUUGUUGCAAAUUAUUGGUUAACAUAACAUCUUUUUAUACAUUUAUUCAGUUAUGUCAACCGGUUAUCUUGGAGCAUUCAGAGGGAGCCGCCUUUAAUAGCUCACCACUUUGCUAAAAAAAAAAAGUCUGCCAGUGGUUGUACUUAUUAUGGACUGACGUUUAAAUGACUUACUGUACGAGUUGUACGUUACGUUACGUUACGUAUUACUUAUAAUAGGUAAAUAAUAAUUGGCUAGCCUUUUUGUCGAGUAAAAGAUGAUAGAUAUGUUGUCUCCCGUCUGAAUGCGGAUUUAUACCUUCGUGUAGUCUGACUGAAAUCAAAAGAGGUGGGUCAGAAUAGGUACCAAUCAUGAGAUUCUUGAGUUUCAGUGAAAAUGUUGAUGUCGUUAUCUUAUUGGACGAGUAUUCUUUUAAUUUAUGUCUCUUUUUAUAUAGUUCAUAAUGAAAAAUUCAUAUUCAUUGGGGUAAAUUGCCAGUUACUGGUCAGUGUCCAAUAACUGACCACUAUAUUAAAAAUUAAUUAUCUUUACCAAUAAAUAGAGUUCAUUUUUACAUAAAAAUUUUAUUACUGACCUGCCGUUUCUUAGUGACUGGCCACGUUAUGCUAUUCAGAUUACCAUUCAUCUUCCUCCUUGCUUUACCCUGAUAUUUGCCUUCUUGCGUUAGCCUGGAGUCCGCUUUGACAACUAAUCUCAAAAUUUGGCAUAGGCACUAGUUUUACGAAAGCGACUGCCACCUUCCGACCUGAAGGGUAGGUAGGUAUUCACAUUGACAUUCAUUACCAUAUUAUAUUCAGAGGGUAUUCAAAUUAUCAUUAAGUUCAUUUCAUCCAUUCACCCUACUUUUUAUUGUGAAAUAUGACAAUCAUGACUCUCGACUUGGCUUAGGCGUAGUUAUGUUAGACGUUCUAAAGGGGUCAGGGACAAUUACCUAUUUGCGAAGGAAGUACAAACAUCGGCGUUGCGGUACUUGCGGUAUUAGGUAUAUUCGUAUAUAACAAUGUUCCUGUUAUUAAUGUUAUACUCGUGUGUUGUAAUUGAUGUCAUACCUCGUGUGUUCAUAAGUUUUGAGACGUUAGUUUUGACUACAAAAAUAUAAAUUGGGAAUAUGUAAUCACGUAAGGUCAGUGCGGACAAGACCGGCAUACUUUAGUUGAAAUAAAGUUUGAGUGGAUAAAACAAGAUGAUUAAAGUAGUCUGCGGAGAUCCGCAUGGUCUUAUGAGCUAAUAUUUUACAAAGCUGUUAUAAUACUUUAGUGAAAUAAGAUAAACUUAUGUGAAAAAAAAAUCAAGGCAAAGGCAAGACCGUCUAGUGCUCGUUGUCACGUAUUUUUUUCAUAUGGGAAUAGCUAUCAAAAUCAUGAUCAUUGGUAUUUUCCGUAAUAACAAAUAAUAACGUGUUAGAUAUUAAAUCAAAUAACGUUACAAUUUUUAACAUAUGAGCAAUUUUUUUUAUAAGGCAAGGCAAAUUUCCUGUAAGUGGGGUCCAUAAGCUUUUUUCUUUAGGUCCAGAUAAAAGGAAAGCCGGAACUUAAAAUUAAAAUUAACCUACAACACCCGUUUACACUCGACUUAUUUCCCAUAAAGCCUGAAAAAGGUUGACAACUAAAGCAGGGUAGUAACUAGUUUAUCAUACGGUCCUGCCUUACUCUUAUAUUCUUAUAUUGCCGGACUUUCCGAGUAGGCAUAAUUUCGAAGUUACAUAUUUCAAAACAUAAAACUAUAAAUUGCAUUAAUAGUACUACACAAGAACAUUUUUUUUUCGGAACCAUGUUGAACUCGAUGUUCGAGUUCGAAAAACGAGUCAAGUUUAUUGUUAACUAGUGUUCGUCCUAGGGAUAUGUAUUAAAGACCAAUGGAUUAAGAAUGGAAAAAUGGUAUACCUUCGGAGGCGUAAGAAGCGUAGAUAUAUAAAUACAAAAGUUAGGUAUAUUGAGUAGACGCCUAGACGGACUUCCUAGAUAGACGGUCUUCCCGACACUGACCUUACAUUAUAAUGGUUUUAAAGGUUAUUUAAUUUUAUUAGUGAUACAUUUCCAAUACAAUUAAAAAAGUAAAUUUUUGUUUGAGUAGUUUUUUAAAUAAGUUUUUUUGCAAAAAAUUCAUUUUUGGCUCAAGCUUUUAUUGCCAACUGUACCUUUGUUUCAACAGUCAUCUACUGCUCUCCGAGACGUUUCUAAAAACCCCUUAUCAUCAGAUCUGCUCCAUGAUACCGUAAAAUUGCAUUAAAUAGGUAUAUGUGCAAAAUUUCAGCUGAAUCGGAAACCGGGAAGUGGGUCAAAUUUAGCUUCUACGUUUUGACCCAAUCUAAUAUACUAACAAGGAAAGUUGAAUAAAAGCUUGUAAUUAUUAUAACCUUCUGAAAAAGGCAUGAAAUAACAUGCCAAAUACACGCCGGCCGUUUACAGUUAUUUUAGACCCAAUGUUUAAAAUUCAGGUUUAAGAGGUUUUUAAUCUGUAUAAAUUGAUCGCUUACUAUAUUUUCUUUAUAGUAUACAACACUCAAAGGGGGUUUAACCCUAAAUGGUUACUUAACUCGAUUUAUACUCGUCGCCUGUUACUUAGCUUGUCAAUAGCGGUCAGUAACGCCUUGGUACCAAAAAGCCUUGUUUCAACCAACGACACGUUUUUGUGCUCCUCAUAGUGACCAUUUAUAUUACUUUUGUUGUCUUAUCGUGGUAAAAGGAGCCCGCUAUAAAGUGAUCGCAAAUCUUUUACAGUACCUCUUUAUUAGUCGGAAUAUAACUCUUCUUUGCAUGGUGAUGAAUUUCCAUCAUAACUUUGUCCUGUUAAUUUAAAGGUAGGCAGUUUUGCGGGUGACUGACAUUUGUUUUAAAACCUAAUGUUUCAACAACAGUAUACUUUGAAAUGGAACAUAGGUGUGAUUUAAAAAAAAUAAACAGAAUUUUGACAUUUAAACUUUUAUUCGCGGUCUUGCCGUUUCACGCCAUUUACGAAAAUGUAUAAUUUUUUAAUUAUUUUUACCGUAAUCUGGAGGUCGACUAACAUUAUCGUGAUUUAUUUCAAAAAUAAAUAAAAAAUCAUGCAAAGAAGUGUUAAUAGUAGGUAAAUCUAUAAUUGAAUGAAAUACUAUCUUAUUAUGUAAUUAUAACGUUGUUAAAGAUUGCUAAAGAUCGGCAUUUCACUGGUAAUAAUUGCAGGUUUUCAGUCAAUGUCAUUAUGCAGUAAAAAUAACACACAAAUACAACACAUCAAACAGAAUAAAACAGUUUACUUACUAAAAUCACCAUCAACACUUCUGACAUUCGACCGAACGCGAAUACGGAAAGGUUGUAUUUCUAAAUAAAAUUAAACAUAGACAAUGAAAUGGCAAACCAAGGGUAACGCACCCCUGUGUGGAGUGGCCGCCAUUGACAAGCUAUCUGGCGCCGAGUAUAGCGAGCGCCCUCGCUAGAACUCGCACAGACUUCUUUAAAAGUAUGAAUUGGCUUUAAAAAUGCCUAAUCAUAGAGGUUUCGUAAAAAUAAACCACCAUUACUCCUGAGCAACUGCGGCAAUACUUUCUACUGACAUGGUAUCGUACGGAAUUCAAAGUCAUAUAAAAAAAUGUACGAGCAUUGUACUAAAUUGUACGCUUAUUAAAAAAAAUUACUACACAUAUUUACAAGAAAACAGUGAUCAAUAUGUCACCGCUAGGAAGUAUUCUUUCUGGCGGGCGCUAUCUAUUUCACUAUGUAACAGUCCAGUUUUCAAAUUUCUUGUGAAUCAGAAAAGAUGUACGAGAAUUGUACUAUAUUCUACGCUAAUGGAUAAAAUGUACUAAGUACACGUAUUAUUUACAAGAAAACAAUGAUCAGUACCAGUGAGUAUGAAAAAUAUUAUGUUCAGAUUCUAAAGCAUUAGGUUGCUUACUUUAGAAUCUGAACCAUAGAUUAAAUAAGAAAAUCAUACCAUCCCAUACAUUAAAAUGCGACCGCCUAAA